AUGAGCGUGCAUAAAUCAACGUGCUAUGGAGUUCUUUUUGUUUUGUUUGCGGUCGUCUCUGCCUGGGAUCCGGUUGUUGAUUGUCUCGAUGGCGAGAAACGUGCUGAGGUCCAGCCAAUCCAGGUUGUAGACGGCUCAAUCACAUUUGACACUACAUUAGCCAGUACAAUUCUGAUACCCCAUGAGGCAUCGUAUGUAACCACAGCAGUUUUCGGCCUCGGUCCUCCUUCAACAUACACAAUUCCACCGCAGGGAACGCCACCAGUGGGGACUGUUAUCAAGAGAACACCUCUAACCACAAUCACUUCAAUCAUCUCUUCACUGACGACUGCGCGGACACGAACAGUGACCCCUGAUCGUCCUGGUGAUCCCACCACUGUGAUUGUCGAAGAGCCUGAGUACAGAACUCGAACAAAAGGCGUUGAAGUUGAUCACACAAGGACCGUCCAAGUGGGCAAUCCCGGCGAUCCCGAGACGAUCACGGUUGGUCGGGAGUAUUACACCACUAUCACGGAGAAAGGGAGCAAUGGAGACCCUGUUACCAAGGUUGUUCGCGUCGACGACCGAACCACAAUUGUGGUAGGGCAGCCAAAGGCUACAACCAUAACUCAAACCAGAGGCAUACAGUCUCCUGUCACUAGGAUAAUCCAGCCAGACAGUUCCGGUGGCGUUAGCACCAUUGUUAUCGAAGUCCCAGGGUCUACACCUGCAUAUACAACAAUCACCCGCACUGGCAGCGUGAUAGCCCCAGUAACUUCGACAGAACCUGCGCGUAGCUCAGGAGGAACUGGGACGGUUCACAUCAUCGUGCCUUCGGACCCUAUUCUAUAUGCAACCAUCACUCGUGCUGGCACAGGGAGUUGGACCGUGACCUCGACACAGCCGCCCAAACACCCAGGAGAGGCAGGGAUCGUAUACGUCGACACACCUGCCCCGCUGGGCAGAUACAACACUGUCACACGCUUUGGAACUGGCUCAACUCCGACGACGUUUACUCAGACUCCAAAUGGGCCUGGUCGCGAUGGUGAAGUGGUCGUUGAGAUCCCAGUCACUGACGCGGACUAUGAUACUAUUACCCGAGUUGGCACAGUUACUGCCCCAACCACUAGAACGAUUCCUCCAAGCAACCCAGAAGGCACAGGCACGAUUAUAAUCGAGGUCCCUCCCGUACGCUGGGCUACCGUGUCUCAUAUUGGCAGCGUGACCGAACCAGUGACACACACAAUAUCUCCAACCCGCGCAGGGGACGCUUGGAGUGUUAUUGUGGAAUUACCUCCUGUCAACACUCGUCUCAUUUACACCACUAGAUAUGGAGAAGGGAGCAGCGCUUCAACUACGACCCGGUUCGACGGCUCCUCUAAUACAGGCUGGGUAAUCGUCAAUCUUCCAAACCCCAUGACAACUACACUCCGUGGCAGUGACAUCGACUCUCCAACGACGAUUACACAAGAGCCGGCAAAUCCAGGAGAAACCGGGGUUGUGGUCAUAAUAACGCCAUACAAGUACAUAACGACAACGAGAACGUGGACCGGAUCGGAAGUAACCACACUUACAAAGAAGCCCACUGAUCCCAAUGAAGAAGGCACCGUGAUCGUUCAAGUCCCAGCAGGCGCAACGAAUUACGUUACAGUAACUAGUCGCUGGACGGGAUCGACGACCCAAACAAAGACUGUCCCCCCUGCCGAUCAAGCCGCGGGAACAGUCAUUGUUUAUACCCCUGAUGUUACUCCUUUUGUUACUGUUACCGAAUAUUGGUCUGGAUCAUCAACAAAAAUGACAACCUUACCUCCGUCUGGUGCAGAUAAAACUGGCACUGUCCUGGUACAGUAUCCUGAAGAGUUCGUUGUAACCAGCGAAUACUGGACUGGAUCUGGAACGAAGACCGUGAUUAUCCCCCCCACAGGCCCCGGAGCUACCGGCACAAAGAAAAUACUUUUCCCAACCGCUGCUAUUCGCUACAUUGAUACUUCUAAGACAUGGACAGGAUCUACAACUCACGUCUGGACCGAGUAUCCGUCCGGACCUGGAGAGACAGGAGUCAUACACCAUGAUGUACCAGCCAUGCGUCUUGUCACUGUAACCAAUUAUUAUUCAGGGUAUACCACCAGAACUUUCACACAAGAGCACUCUGGCUCUGAUAUAGCUGACACUGUUGUGGUCGAACUGCCAUGGAUCACCUCAUGGACCACUAUUACGAGCGCUGGUACGAUGAGUCGUACAUCAACGCAAAUGCCAUCUGGCUCCGGCAGGCUAGGUACGGUUUUGGUUGAGAUACCGCCUACAGCUAUUGCUUGGACCACAACAACGGUUACAGGAAGUGCCAGUACCACUCAGACUGUUUCUCAGACGCCGGGCCCCGGGAAGACAGGGACUGUGAUCGUUGUGGUCCCUCCUGUUAUCGACCAUUACAUCACCAAAACAAUCACUGGCACUGGAAGCACAAGAAGCACCACUACCAAGCAACCAGACUCACCAGACCAGACCAGAACCGUCGUUGUCUUUGUUCCCCCAAGUGUCACACCAUACGUUACUACCACAAUCACCGGCACUGGGGCACAAACCGGAACCAUCACGUCUACCCAAGCUCCAACUGACACUGGCGCUACUGGGACUGUCUACAUCGUGCUGCCUCCUUCCGUCGCGCCUUAUGUGACUAUUACUAGGACUGGUAGCGGUACAGCUGUGUCAACCACUACCCUGACUCCAACCCAGGCCGGUCAAACGGGUACAGUCAUGAUAAUCUUACCAACUGUUCCUGUCAUUUAUGUUACGAAAACAAGCACUUGGACGGCCAGUGCAAUCAGUACCAUCACAAAGCAACCAGGCUCACCUAAUGAUCAGACUCGAACCGUCGUUGUCUUCGUCCCUCCAAGUAUCACACCCUAUGUCACCACAACCUCUUUCGACAGCACAAUCUCCGUGCCAUACUCUACCACGGUAGUUCCGACUCGUGCUGGUCAAACGGGCUCGAUUAUUAUUGUGAAACCUGUGAUUUACAUUACCAUUACUCGCUACGGAAGUGUGUCGGCCUCCACGAGCACAACCGCCGGGGGGCCCGAGACUUGGAGUGUGAUAAUUGAUAGGCCACAGCCUUAUACCACAAUAACCCGCUGGGGAACUGUCUCGACCCCCUUUACCAUCACGAAGGCCCCCCAGAAUCCGGGAGAGACUGGCAGUAUCUUGAUAGAUUUACCUCAGCCUUGGACCACAACGGUUCGCUACGGUAACGUAUCGGCGUCUUCAAUGACAACUCAAAGUCCCAGAGUUCCGGGAGAAACCGGUACUGUAGUCAUUGACUUGCCACAACCCUACCUCACUUCGACUCAGUAUGGUACUUUCACAGCACCUAUGACAAGAACACUCACGGCAGCGGUCCCGGGACAAACAGGAACCAUUCUGGUUAACCUCCCCGAACCUUACACGACUAUUAUUAGAUACGGUAGUGUCUCAGUCUCUACUGUAACCACAUUAACUCCCCAGAGCCCUGGGAUGACAGGGACCGUCCUAAUUGACCUUCCACAACCUUACUUGACAUCUACUCAGUAUGGCAGUGUAACAGUACCUACAACCAGGGUACUCGGCCCUUCCGUUACAGGACAGACGGGCACGAUUCUCGUCGAUCUUCCGCAACCGUAUACAACUAUCACCCGCUAUGGAAGUGUUUCUGUCUCUAGUAUGACUACACAGAGUGCACAGGGACCGGGCCAGACAUGGACAGUUCUUCUUGAUCUUCCGCAGCCUUACAUAACCUCCACGCACUACGGCAGUGUUAGUAUAGCCACUACCAGAACGCUUACGGUAGCAGUACCUGGCCAAACUGCAACAGUACUACUCAACCUUCCCCAACCCUACACAACGAUAACCAGCUGGGAAGCUUCGAUCUCCGUCCCUUCAACCGUCACACAAUCGCCUCAGAACCCCGGAGAUCCUUUCACCAUCUUUAUAAAGUCCCCGCAACCCUACACAACCACGACUCGUUAUGGCAGUGUUAGCUUGGACGAGACUACCACAGAGACAGCCACUAGACCUGGUGAGCCAUACAUGGUCGUGGUCAAAGUACCCUACACGACAGUUACCAUUACUGUACUGUACUCAGGCCCGUCUGUUUUAACAGGGCCAACGACAGUCUCGACAAUUCCCGCCUCUGGAUCGGUUCCUGGUACAGUCGUCGUAGCGACGGCUCCACCACAACCCGUCACGAUUACUCGAUUGUAUACUGGGACUGAAGUUCUCACCGCCCCUAUAGUCACUACAAUCCCUAACUCUGGGACAAUUCCAGGUACAGUGAUCAUAGAGACCCCUCAAGCUUAUGUGACCACGACUCGAUAUGGGAGCAUAUCAGUCAGCACGAUGACUACAGAGUUGCCUAUAAGCGCAGACGGUACGGCCCUGGUUAUAAUUGACUUGCCGCAACCGUAUACAACAAUAACCAGUUGGGGAGGUGUCUCGGUUCCCUCAAGAGAAACACAAACCCCUCAGAACAUCGGGGGAACCAUCACGGUAAUUGCACACAUUCCUCAACCUUACACAACAACAACCAGAUGGGGCAGCGUGACAGUUAGUAGCAUUACUACUGAGUCUGCGUCUGUUGAGGGUCAAGAAGCAACUGUGAUUAUCGAUCUGCCACAGCCAUAUACAACUGUGACUAGGUACGGAGGUGUGACAGCAAGUAGCAUCACCACACAGAUGCCGACGAUCGACGGAGAGACUGCUUCAGUCUACAUCGAUCUUCCUCAGCCGUAUGUAACCACCACUCGGUAUGGAAGUGUGUCUGUCAGCUCUGUUACCACCAUUGACCCUGCAAGUCAGGGAGGGACGGCAACAGUGAUAGUCGACUUGGCCCAGCCUUACACAACCGUGACUAGGUACGGAAGCGUCACAACCAGCAGCAUCACGACGCAGAUGCCGACAAUUGAUGGAGAGGCUGCCUCUGUGUUCAUAGACCUCCCGCAACGAUAUGCGACGAUCUAUAGGUACGGAGGCGUGACCGCCGUCGAGACUACCACCCAAACAGGUACUAUGCCUGGGGACACCGAUAUUGUCUAUGUAGAUGUGCCCUUCUCCACAACGACAGUAACCGAGCUAUAUGCAGGAACAUCCUUGAUCACAGGGCCAAUAGCUAUCUCCACCAUUACAGCAUCCGGGUCGGUUCCUGCUACGGUAGUAAUGGCUACUCCGCCGGUGUUUUCAACACGUUUCUAUACUGGAACGAGUAUCCUAACCGGGCCGAUUACCGUGACCACUCUAUCCCCUUCUGGAAAUGAUCCGGCUACCGUGAUCAUAGAGAAACCUCCCGUGACCAUAACCCAAAGGUACUCUGGGUCUUCGACUGUCACCUUGACUACAAUUACGCCGACUGCGACAGAGGAUGGAACCGUUAUCAUUGGGAUUCCCUCACUUCAACCUGUCACGAGAUAUCGCCUAUACUCGGGAACUUCUUCUAUCAACGCUGCUAUCACGGUGACAACUAUCGAGCCCACAGAUACUAACGAUCCGGCAACUGUCGUUAUCGAGACACCACUUGUAACAAUCACGCGGCCAUAUACGGGCACAGAGGUCCUGUCUGGCCCAACGACUGUGGCUACUCUGUCUGGCACAGUGGUCGUCGAGACACCUCCUGUCUAUUUAACACGAUUUUAUACUGGAUCGAAUAUUCUAACAGGUCCAACUACAGUCUCAACGAUCUCCCCUUCGGGCACUCAUCCUGGCACUAUCAUCGUCGAGACUCCUCCCAUUACAAGUACGAGGUUUUAUACGGGCACGGAGAUCUUGUCGGAACCAAUUAUCGUAACUACUAUUACACCCACAGACACAGAACCGGGCGUCGUCGUGAUUGAAACUCCUCCGAUCACAAUCACCAGAUUCUACACAGGUACAGAGAGCCUGUCUGCUCCUACUACCGUCACCACAAUCACCCCGACUGGAACAGAAGCUGGUGUCGUUAUAGUUGAGAAGCCGCCUGUAAGAGUCACACGGUUCUAUACUGGUACAUCGGUAAUAACUGGCCAAAUAACUAUAACAACUAUCACCCCGACCGGUACGGAGGACGGGACUAUUAUUUAUGAGACCCCUCCUGUUACGGUGACACAGUUCUACACAGGAACAGACGUACUCACUGGCCCUCUUAUACUUACAACUAUUACACCGACCGGAACUGAACCAGGGACUGUGAUCCUUGCGACACCGCCAGUGACCGUCACGAGAUUCUGGACUGGGACCGAUGUUUUGACUGGCCCAACCACUGUUACAACGAUAACACCGACGGGAACUGAAGCAGGAACUGUGAUCGUCGAGACCCCUCCUGUGACCAUUACUCAACGUUAUUCAGGGACUUCCCUCCUAACCGCGGCAAUAACUCUCACAACAAUAACUCCCACAGGCACGGAAGACGGAACAGUCAUAAUUGCCACUCCACCGCCGGCAACUGUGACGAGCACGCGACGAUAUACCGGUACAUCUAGCUUGAGUGGCGCCAUUACAGUGACAACUCUGUCCGCUACCGGCACCGACGAUGGACCGAUCGUGGUGGUCGAGACACCUGCACCUCGGCCAUCCACCAGCUAUCGCCAAUACUCAGGAACAUCCAGCAUCAAUGCAGCCAGAACUGUAACCACCAUUGCGCCGACCGGCACGGACGAUGGAGGCGUCGUGGUCGUGGAGACCCCAGUACCACCUCCAGCUUUCAGUUGUGAUGAAGGAGGAUACUUGAUCCAAGUCCGAACUCUCUACAGGCUCAAUCUGGUCACAGGAGUCAACUCUCUGGUAGCACAGAAUGUCGGACCAGGAGCCCCUUCAGGUACAACCAACGGCGGAACCAUCAAUCCUAUUGGUUAUAAUAUUAAGGAUAAUCUUAUCUAUGGCAUUGUCCAGAUUGCAAACGGCAAGAGUCAAGUCAUUCGUAUUGGCUCCACAGGAUCGUAUACACUAAUGAACACCUUUAUUGAUGGAACAUGGAACACUGGAGAUGUAGAUUCUGAUGGCAUCUUCUGGAUCUCAACGUAUGGAAAGGCGUGGGCGAAGAUCGAUGUGAACCCAACAUCUGCGACCUACGGCAAGGUUCUUCAACAAGGAACCGCAACAUCCGCAAAUAAUUGCGCCGACUGGGUAUCUGUACCUGGAGGAGGCCGUUAUCUAUAUGCUCUCCAGGGAAAUACAUCGAAGACAGUCCUGGCAAGAUGGAGCCUUGACACUUUCACGUGGGAGAUUAUAAAAGAUUUCGGCCACAUCGCGGGCGACAACCUUUGGUAA